AAAUGGACUGUGGAAGUGGCUCUUCCAUUGACGUCACUUCCUGCUAUACGCAGGAAACCAGACACUCAGCUACCGCGAUAAUUAUUAGGACAACGUGAUGCUCAGUGGGACUUGUAGUUUUUCUUUCCUCUCUUCGAGUUUGUCCUUCAAAUCUACAGCUCACGCCCACCUCAGACUCGGGAUUGGAAUACCUGGGUGCGUGGUGGGGUGGGCGUGCAUUUUCUUAAUCUCCACCUCGAGAGAGUAUUAUAGUAAUGGGGGGGGGGGGGGAGUGGGUAAUACCUGUUUUUCUUAAUUACUCCUAGGACGGCUGCUAAAGAGACACAGUAGUUCCAUUCCAUUUUGGGGGCCAGUAAGGGGUCGGGUUAGCCCGCCAUGUUGGUGAAGGCAAAGGAAGGCUAGUGGAGCACUGACGGAUCUGCUGGUUUAGGUCCGCCAUAUUAAUAAAGAGAGAGGGAAGGUUGACCCCUGUCCUCCGACAGACACACACACCCCUUCUUUCCACCCCGCGUCCUCGGCUCAGCUCGGUGGGCCUUUCCCUUGCCACCCUUGCCCAGUCUGCCCGCAGGAAGUGUAGCAGCGCCUCAAACACGGGCUUACGGCACCGCCGAAUGUGGGGGAAAGUGAAAUGCCGACCAAUUGCGCCGCGGCGGGCUGUGCUACUACCUACAACAAGCACAUUAACAUCAGCUUCCACAGGUUUCCUUUGGAUCCUAAAAGAAGAAAAGAAUGGGUUCGCCUAACCAGGCGCAAAAAUUUUGUGCCAGGAAAACACACUUUUCUUUGUUCAAAGCACUUUGAAGCCUCCUGUUUUGACCUAACGGGGCAAACUCGACGACUUAAAAUGGAUGCUGUUCCAACCAUUUUUGAUUUUUGUACCCAUAUAAAGUCUGUGAAACUGAAGUCACGGAAUCUUUUGAAGAAAAACAACAGCUGUAUUCCAAACGGACCAUCUAAUUUAAAAUCAAACAUUAAUAGUCAACAAGUGCUACUAGAACACAGUUAUGCCUUUAGGAAUCCUAUGGAGGCAAAAAAGAGGAUAAUUAAACUGGAAAAGGAAAUAGCAAAUUUAAGAAGGAAAAUGAAAACUUGCCUACAAAAAGAACGCAGAGCAACUCGAAGAUGGAUCAAAGCCACAUGCUUGGUGAAGAGUCUAGAAGCAAAUAACAUAUUACCUAAGGGCACAUCCGAACACAUUUUGCCAACUGCCUUAAGCAGUCUUCCUUUGGAGGAUUUCAAGAUUCUUGAACAAGAACAAGAUAAAACGUUAACAAUUCUCUAAAUCUAAAAUAGAUCAGGAGUACUUUUAGUGAAGAUUAGCCUGCAUAGAUCUUGAAGCCCAUCCUUUAUUCUAUUCUAAGGUAAAGAUAUU